ACACCAUGGCUGCGAACGUGGAGAACAAUAUCAAAGCUGUCAAACUGAGUAAAGACGAAAAGAAAGUCCUGAGGAAACAGAUGAAAGGCAGCCACACUCUGCUCAGACAUGAAGGUAUCACCACAACGUCACAGCCCACGAAGAGUUUGGUGAUUGCCAACGGUGGUCUAGGAAAUGGUGUCAGCCGUGAGGAACUCUCUUCUGUGCUGAAAGACUUCGGAGCGGUGGAUACCCUGAUGUUGCCCCCACACAAGCCCUAUGCUUUCGUCACAUACAGCUCCCAGGACAGCGCUUUAGAAGCUUUCGCACAACUAAAUGGGCAAAAGUUGCAGUGUGGAGAGGUCAGCGUCACAUUGUACCUCAGCUUUGUGGAUUCAGUAAAAUGUAAGGAUCAGUUAUCUCCAUCUCUACCAGAAGGACUUCUAGUGGUAGAAGACUUUCUGUCACAAGAGGAAGAGUCUCUUUUACUGGCUGCUGUGGAUUGGUCCUCCUCUGACUGUGAUCUAACAGUUCAAAAGGCCCUGAAGCAUCGAAAAGUCAAGCAUUAUGGCUAUGAAUUUCGAUAUGACAACAACAAUGUGGACAAAGACAAACCCUUAGCUGUGGGUAUUCCUGAAGUUUGUUUGUCCAUUCUGGAUCGUUGUGUGACUCAUGGAUACAUUAAUGUUCUGCCAGACCAGCUGACCGUCAACCAGUAUGAGCCUGGACAAGGUAUACCGCCUCAUGUGGACACUCAUUCAGCCUUUGAAGACACAAUCCUGUCCUUCAGCCUUGGAGCAAAAACAGUGAUGGAGUUCCGGCAUCCUGAUGGCCCCAUGGUGAACGUGCUGUUGCCAGCUCGAAGCUUACUGGUGAUGACUGGUGAGAGCAGAUACCUUUGGACGCACGGGAUUACUCCCCGGAAAUUUGACACUGUGCCCAUCAGCGACCCACAAUCUCCGGCUCAGUCACAAGGUGACCAGAGCAAUCUCACUCUGAGUAAGAGAGGCGUCCGCACCUCCUUCACUUUCCGCAAGAUCAGACGUGAACCGUGCUGCUGUGCAUUUCCCUCCGCCUGCGACAGCCAAAAAGCUCAAGCAACCUCUCCACCGUCUCCCCCUUCACUCCCUCGUUGCCAUGCCGACGCCGCCCGUCUGGAAGAGGAAUACGUCCACCGGGUGUAUGACGCCAUCGCGUCUCACUUCAGCAGCACUCGGCACUCCCCUUGGCCUCGUGUCUGCCACUUCCUCACCUCCCUCCCAGCCGGGAGCGUGUUGGCCGACGUGGGCUGCGGAAACGGAAAAUACCUCGGAGUCAACCCCGAGGUCAUCGCUAUUGGUUCUGACCGCAGCAGCACACUUGUCCACAUCUGUGCCGAGCGGGGCUUCCAAGCGUUUGUGUCAGACGCUCUGAGGGUUCCUCUACGGACGGCCAGCUGUGACGCGUGCAUCUCCAUAGCUGUGAUACACCACUUCUCCACACCGGAGCGCCGCCUGGCUGCAGUGACCGAACUGGUGAGACUUUUGAGGCCUGGAGGCCGGGCUCUCAUCUACGUUUGGGCUUUUGAGCAAGAGUUUAACAAACAGAAGUCCAAGUAUUUGAAAGGCGAAGAGGAUAACCACAACUCACAUGGCAUGAUUCAAACUGAAGGUCAUGAUUCUGAAAAGUAUAAAAGCACUAGCAAAACGUCCGUAAACCAAGCCACCGAUGGCAAACUGAGUGUGCACAAGAAUCGGACCACUUUUAACUCCUCCGACCUUUUAGUACCGUGGCAUCUCAGAGACUGUAAACCAGGAAGCAAAGUUGGGAAGGAGGAAGUUAAAGAGAAGAUUUUAGAUAACUCAUCUGGCAAGUCAUGUUCUGGAACUCGCAGAUCAUCGGAGUCCCAGCCGGAGGGCGGCCCUUCACCUGUUUUCCACCGCUAUUAUCACGUGUUCCAGCAGGGGGAGCUGGAGAAUUUGUGUGCACAGGUUCCUGGUGUCCAAGUUCAGAGCAGCUACCAUGAUCAGGGGAACUGGUGCGUCAUGCUUGAGAAGGACAACAUUCUGUGAUCAUGUGAUGCAAAUAUAAAUGAUGUAUUUAACGGGCAAUCAUGUUGAAAUCCGAAGCAAAAAGAGAAAAAGUGAAACUCGGUUGAGUGUAAUGCAAUGGCUGCUGACUUGAGUUUUUCUUCAUGUUGAAAGGAAACCUGGAAAUGACUACAUGUCCCUGCAGACAGUCUGUUGACUCUUAUUCCACUUGUUCUAUUUCCACUGUGCUUGACCCCUGUGUGCUCAGUGAGCUGCAGCUAAACGGCAAACACUGUGUGACCUUUUCCAUGAAAAGGGCUCAGGUGUGACGUGGCAUUUCAAGCUGUUGGGCAUUUGCUCAAAUUGAUGAAACAAGGACGGAGAAAAAAAACACUGUCUUUAUGGCUCUUAAAGGACCUAUUUUAUCAUUGUAAAAGUAUACAAAUAAAUGUUCUUUGUAAAAAAAAAAAAAAAAGCAAACACAUAAGUUGAAUUUCUGCCAAAUAAUUGUUUUGUUAUGUUAUUAUUGCUUCACUUUACAGAGAUACUAAGACACUAUUUUCUAUUCAGCUUUAUUGUUUAUGUCAAUUCAUCUGUGCCGUAAACUCUGUUUUACUGUAUUCUCUCUGUGCAACAUUCUUUUACUACUGCUACCAUCUUAAUGGACUUUUAUUGAUAGAUCAAAUGGCGGGUUAAUGGAACAUUGACAGAUGUGGAGUGUAGAUUGAUUUAAGUUGAGUUUUAAUUAGGAUUUAGGACUAGUGAUGGUGGACAGUGGUGACCAGGUGUUGAAUAAUUAAAAUGUCCUAGUAAAUAUUAGGGUGAUGUAAAGUACAUUUGGGAUUCUCUUCUUAGCGGAGUCCAACAAGCACAUGUUUCAUAAUUAUCUCUCCAGUAAAUUUGUGCUCCAUUUAUUAAACCUUUUUUUUUACGUGAGGUUAACUAAUGUAUUUA